UUUAUGAAUAAAUGUAUUAUUCACAGUAUAACCCCAUCACACCAAACAUGUGUAACCACAGCGUGGGUCGGGCCAAUAUCCGGGUCCUGCCGUGCGUUGUCAAGGCAGCCAGUCCCCGGCUGGCUAGUGGCGGGAGCUAACCGUGCGGUCCUCCCGGAGCUGUCCUCACAUAGAGACCGAAAAAGAAACCCUCACUACCGUUAAAAAACAAACAAAAAAAAAAACCCGAGUCAAAUUACUAAGGGACCAGGUAAACGACCGUGCAUGCUUUUAAUUCGCUUGCUCCUUUCUCGCUUGCCGCGCGAGGCCCACGGGCGCAGACAACCGACGAGGACAAGAUGUCCAUUGUGAGACGCGGUCCGUAGCCUCGUCGGGGCCUCGUUCGACGACCGUCCCCCAACACUUCCGCCGCCAAAGCCGUUUUGCACUAUUCUUUGGUCACGUACUCGCAAGCACUUGAGUUUGCUGCGGUUUGAAUGGAGCAAAAGGCUCCCAAAAUGGGACGUUUUCGCCGUCGGCGGUUGGAAUUAAGCCCAUGUAUGAUCUGCUCCCUGUCCUGUAGAACACUGGACUCUUUGCAUGAUCCUGUAAGCACAGUCACGGCGGAACAAAACCUCCCGGACGGAAGGAAUGAGGGACUCCAUGGGACGAGAUUUCGCGGGUUUGCAGUAGCAUGCCGACGGUGAAGAGCGAAGGUGACUCGGCCUCCGAUUUGGAUGGCGCCACCUCGACGACUUCCAUCACAGCGAGUCUCUCAGUUAAAACCACUCGGACUGUCGGGACCAUGACCAACAGUGGCCGGACGCGAGUCACGCGGGUCAAAACCGAGCAUGCGUCAGCAACCGAGAAUGAGGAGGAUCGGGUGGCUCGUCGCCGGGAGCAGUGGAGGCUGAAAAAGCGAGAGCAGCGGGCCAAGAUGGCUGCGAGGCUCACCAAAACCAGAGAGAGAAUCUCGCCAGUGAUAACUGCGUCUGCUCACUUUCUUUUUCCUCACGCCAACCAAGGUGGCCAAACCGAAACACAGACUUUGCGCAAAUCUGCUCAAAUGGCGACAGAAUCGUCGAGAAAGUCUCCACAUUUUGUAUCUCCGUCAAGCAUCACUCGAUGCAGAACGACUUGGCAGAGAUCCUUGGAAGCGCAGAGACAUCAAAAAGUCAAAUCCUUGUCCAUGACCUUGACGUCGAAAAUGAGAAGCAUCCCACCGGUGGACGCCAGUGACACUCCAGAGCAGAUCAUCGCCAAACAGAGAGAGUACUGGCGGAUUAAAAAGCGGGAGCAGCGAGCAAAAAUGUCGAUGGAGGCGAAGGCCCGGCUCAAGGAGAAAGACUCCCUGAAGCGGCGAGUCCGACGCUACCAGAAUAUCCUGAAGGAGAUGAGGAGGGCACGGGCGUCGGAGCGCGGCCUCGAGACCAUCGGGGGCUUCAUCAAAGAGGACGGGACCGUGUCCGCGGGCAUUCCCCAGACAAAGUCCAUCAACGGCAUUGCCAGGAACGAUGGGCUUGGGGUUUCUGAUCCCAAAGUCCUUCUGAGAGCUCCCACCCAAAGCUCAAAGACAACACCCGUCAAUUCUUUCAGUCACCUCACCCUCACUUGUCCUCAGAGCCGGCGCAAGGCCAGCUUUCCCGAGGCUGCCUCCCGAGUCGGCCGGGCUGGCUGCGUCAUGAAAAUGCUGGUUUCGGAUAAAGCCUUGACCAAUGAAGACCGGAUGGCGAAGAAGCGCGAAUACUGGAGGCUGACGAAGCGGCAACAGCGGGCGGCACGCGCCGCCCGCCUGAGGCAAGGGAUCGCCGAGGCCAGGCUCGCCCCGGCGGUCCAAAGCGACAAGGGCCCGAGGCCGGCGUCCCGAGCGCCUCUCUUGAACACGAGCGAGCCGACUCAUGCCAUCAAACGGGAGCCUGAUCUAAAUCCUACCCCGGAACAAGACGAUAGUCCAGACCUCAAGCCUCCGCUCGUGGUGCCCAAGCGCGAGCCUGACCCGGCUCCGGCCGCCGACUCCCAGGCUACCACUCUGCUGGUGGUGGCCUCGAUGAAGAAGCUUCUGGAAGAGUCUCUGAGCACGGUGAACGACGGCAAAGACCAAAAGCCUGAUGUUGAAACCAAGGUGAAAGGGGAACCUGAUAAACCGGAGGUGAACGAGGAGCCCGACGGAGCGGAGGUGGCCCCUGUCGUCCAAGCUCAAGAGCCCGAUGCGGUGCCCCGGCAUUUCCCGAGCGCGGCGGCCAGCCUGCAGAAGAAGCGGGAGUACUGGAAGCUGAUGAAGAGGCAGCAGAGGGCCCGGCAGAAGGAGAGGCAGGGCAAGGGCGGCGGCGGCGGCGGCGGGCGUGGUGCUGGCGCCCGGAGUCUUCCUCUCAGGAGCAACCAGGCUCCAGCUCUCGCCGUGCGCUCCAUCAACGCUGCCAAGACACCGGUGAAGCUCCUUCCAAAGCCGGCCUUGUCUUCGGGCAGCAGCGUUCCCGCCGUGCUGCUCAAAUUGCCCGAGACCCUCGCCGUCAAACCACCCAACUGCGCGGACUUGGACCCUGCGCUCCCCACUCUGAAACCCCCGGACAACCCGCUUUCCCACAUAAUCCUGCACCUCAUCGAGCCUCCCGCCCGAAGCGCGCGUCCCGCUCCCUUGAAACGGUCGUGGCCGUCCCCGGCGCCGCUUCACGCCAUGAGCACCCCCAAGCGCCGCCCCGAGGAGUCCGAGGAGGACUUUCUGAAGCGGAAGCGCGAAUACUGGAGGAUCAAAAAGAAGCAACAGAGAGCCAGGAAGUCUCAGGGUGAGAAGUGGAUCCCUCAGAGGAGGGACUGCGUGCCGCCUGCUCAGGACCUCCAGGUACAAAGUAUUGAGGAACAAAACCGAGGGCCGGUUACCGACACGGUCGGCUAAAGUAGGCCAUCUGGAGUCACCAUGGCAACGCCAGACACUAAUCUCCUUAUUUCAAGCCAGACAUAGUGGAGUACAGUGAUUCCCCACCACUGUGCCACACCACACACAUCGUUGUUUAUGUUUGUUUGUUGUUACAGAUGCUACACUACUUACGGGCAGCCGAUGACCACCAUGGGGCACCGAAUCAUUGGCGUACAUGAGCAAAAUCGCAAUCAGUUUAG